UUUUAUAUUUGGAAAGAUGAUCCAACUACAUACACAUAUUGUAUAUAUGUUAAUGUUAUAUCUGUGCAGCAGAAAAUUCCUAUGAAUGUUGAGUAGUCAACUCUGAAACUACUUGUUAACACUGAAAUCAGACAACAUAAAUCAUAUGCUUUAUUGAGGUAAGCUGUCUAAAAUAAGUUACUACAAUUUUAAAAAUUAAUUUGAACCAUAUGUUCUUUAGAUCUUUAAAUUGAAAUCUGCAUUGUUCUUUGAAGUCAGCUGUUCUAGGAAUGUGUUGUGUUUUGAGAAGAUAAAUUAAUCAUCUACCUCAUUUAUAUACAUCAAUAAAAAAGAUUCACCCUCUCAUCUACUUUAUCAAAAGUAAUUAGGAUAUAUAUUUUUAUUCAUAUAUAGUAUCUUUCAGUGACUGAGAUUUUUUCAUUGAGAUUUUGAGGGAAACAGCAAUUAUGGUUUUUUAAAAAAACAAACCCAAGAAAAAGAAAUACCAGCAAUCUAAAGGUUAACACAUAUUGUCAAAUCACUCAGUAGCACAAGGCUCUUUAAUAACAUUUGUACAAAACUACUUUUAGAAAGCAUAAGGUAGGAAAUGGCUUUUUGCAAGUUCUUUUCCCUUAAAUUAUUAUUCAGCCUCUUAUUAAAAUAAAAUCUAGUUAACUGCUUUUGAAUGCUUGCUCAAACGUUUUCUAUAAUAAAAAAAAAUUCCUGUGAAGGGAUUUCCAUAAGUUGUGCUGCAUUAAUGACUUAGAGCAGCUUCCUAAUCUGUUAUUCCUUCCUCCUAGUAGACCUCAGCUGAUAAAAAUAUCCAUAGACACAGUGAAGUCAGUGGCACGCCUGGCUUUCUCAGACAAAACUCCAUGUGAUCACAUAUAGGCAGCCUCAGUGAGGCUGAUGCCGUGCAGCAAGCAGUAGGUAAUGAGUCUUUGUGCAGAGUGAAGCUCUUGUCGCUGAACAAUAAAGCAUAUGGUACCAGCAAUAAAACACAGGGCUGGGAAAUUUAAGAAGAUUCCGCUGAACCAAGAAGAACUGUGUCUUUGGUGAUGCUGACACAUAUUAUAAAAUGAUAAUCAACUUAUUUUGGAUUCUAAUGAAUAAACAGUGCAAGGACUAAAAAACUACAGCUAUUUGAACAGGUACAUGUGACAGCGCUGCAGCUAUGAGUGGAAUUUUAAAGAGGAAGUUUGAAGAAGUUGACGGCUCUUCGCCCUGCUCCUCUGUGCGAGAAUCAGACGAUGACGUUUCCAGCAGUGAAAGUGCUGACAGCGGGGACAGUGUCAAUCCGUCCACUUCUAAUCAUUUCCCCCCUUCCUCCAUUCUCAAGAGGGAGAAGCGGCUGAGGACAAAGAAUGUGCAUUUUAGCUGUGUCACCGUGUACUACUUCACCAGGAGGCAAGGCUUCACGAGCGUGCCCAGCCAAGGGGGCAGCACCCUGGGCAUGUCCAGCCGCCAUAACAGCGUGCGCCAGUACACCCUGGGCGAGUUCGCCAGGGAGCAGGAGAGGCUGCACCGGGAGAUGCUGAGAGAACACCUCAGGGAGGAAAAACUGAACUCCUUAAAACUAAAGAUGACUAAGAAUGGCACAGUGGAAUCGGAGGAAGCCAGCACUCUUACAGUGGAUGAUAUUUCUGAUGAUGACAUUGAUUUAGACAACACAGAGGUAGACGAGUACUUCUUCCUACAACCCUUGCCAACAAAAAAACGAAGAGCCCUGCUGCGCGCCUCUGGGGUGAAAAAGAUUGAUGUGGAAGAAAAGCACGAGCUGCGAGCCAUCCGCCUCUCGCGAGAGGACUGCGGCUGCGACUGCCGAGUGUUUUGUGACCCAGACACGUGUACCUGCAGCCUGGCAGGCAUUAAGUGCCAGGUGGACCGUAUGUCUUUCCCGUGUGGCUGCACUAAAGAAGGAUGUAGUAACACAGCAGGUAGAAUUGAAUUUAAUCCUAUCCGUGUUCGGACUCACUUUUUACACACAAUAAUGAAGCUUGAACUGGAGAAAAACCGAGAGCAGCAAAUCCCCACGCUGAACGGCUGCCACGGGGAGAUAAGUGCUCACAGUAGUUCCAUGGGCCCUGUCGCCCACUCCGUAGAAUAUUCCAUCGCAGACAAUUUUGAGAUUGAAACUGAACCCCAGGCCGCGGUGCUGCACCUGCAGUCUGCUGAGGAAUUAGAUUGCCAAGGAGAAGAGGAGGAAGAGGAGGAAGAUGGGAGCAGCUUUUGCAGCGGAGUCACCGAUUCUAGCACACAGAGCUUGGCGCCUAGUGAGUCAGACGAGGAGGAGGAGGAGGACGAAGAGGAAGAAGAGGAGGAGGAGGAGGAUGAUGACAAAGGAGACAGCUUCGUGGACGGUUUGGGCACCCAUGCCGAAGUUGUCCCUCUUCCUUCGGUCCUUUGUUAUUCUGAUGGCACCGCCGUUCACGAAAGCCACGCAAAAAAUGCUUCUUUUUAUGCCAACUCUUCAACUCUGUAUUACCAAAUAGAUAGCCACAUUCCAGGAACUCCUAACCAGAUCUCUGAGAACUAUCCUGAAAGAGAUACUGUCAAAAACGGUACCCUCUCGCUGGUGCCUUACACCAUGACGCCGGAGCAAUUCGUUGACUACGCCCGACAAGCAGAAGAGGCCUACGGUGCCUCCCACUACCCGGCUGCCAACCCCUCUGUGAUCGUCUGCUGCUCCUCUUCUGAAAACGACAGCGGUGUGCCCUGCAAUAGCUUAUAUCCUGAACACAGGUCCAGUCAUCCUCAAGUGGAAUUUCACUCAUACUUGAAAGGCCCCUCCCAGGAAGGGUUUGUCUCUACAUUGAAUGGUGACAGUCACAUUUCAGAGCACCCUGCUGAAAAUUCUUUGAGCCUUGCAGAAAAGAGCAGAUUGCAUGAAGAGUGCAUCAAAUCACCCGUGGUGGAGACAGUCCCUGUUUAGUCGCUUAAAUUAUUCUAGGACCAACUCUUCUCCUAUUUAAGGCACUGUAUUUAAUUGGAUUUCCUGGGCUCAUCGUUGUUUAAACUGAAGACUAAGAAAUCUUGGACUGUGGUUAAUCUUCCAGACUGUAUUUUGUUUUCUCCUUUCUAGCCACAUGACUGUGGCAUUGCACAAAUACAGUCUCUAUAGGGAUUUUAAAAGAUUUCAGACUGUUUUGAUAGAAAAUGCUAAAUUUUUAAAAUGCAUAUCUCACAGUUGCCUACCUGUCAAACUGUGUGAAACCUGCCAAGCUGUGUAGAUCAGAGCUCCAAGUUUUGGAUUAUCGGGCCUGUGCAAGAUUGUUAACUAAGACUGGGAAAUGAUAUGAUUUAGAGUCCUAAUUUUCGAUAUAUCUGAAGAUGAUGGUGACUUUUUAAUGUAAAAGUAAUUACUGUAAGAAACAGAUUUAAUUGUUCCAUGUGUAUUUUAUUUAUGGUAGUUUAGAAGUCAUGUUUUGAUGAAAAUGAACAGCAGCAUGUUCAUUCAAACUGAAGAUGCAUAGCUAGUACCACAGAGCAUGCCCACAUGGAUUGCAUCUGGAAUCCAUUCACAUUUUUGUGAUCAUGACUCAUCAAAUUUGCAAAUACUUUCUUAAGGGUGAAAUAGGCCUAUUUUUUGCUAUUUUGGACAAAUAAAUGAGUCUAUAUGUGCAGGUCCUUACACAGUUUUCUCUAAAGUUAAGAGUUAGGACAAUCCUCCCGGGAGGGUCUAGUUCACUUCCCUCCCUCCAUUGACUCCAGAGAUGGAGGUAGAAGGAAUUGCCUUUCUUUUUAAACAGCAUCAUCUUGGUUCUUAGCUUGGGCAGCACCUUUAAACUCUACCCCCUACAUCAAAAUGCACUUUAGUGCCCCUUCACGGUACCUCGUGUGGGGUGGGGACUGAGAACUCUUUGAGAUGAAAAAAAAAUUUUUUUUAAUAUCUUUAACUAUUAUAAGGUUCAUAUAACUAAUAUAGAGGAAUCAUCCAAUGAUACUUAUGAAGGAAAAUGACCUAUUUUCCUUCACCACUCUGAGGACCUAACUCAAUAAACGCAGAGGAGGCUGAGGAAACACGGAAGAGACACCACCUCAGCAACCAGCUUUCUCUACAGCGUGAUCAACCCAUCUCUGCAAAAUAAGUGUAUAAUGAGAUUUCCACUUAGUGACUAUCUGAUUGAAGGGGGGGCCUCUACCCAAAUACUCAACUAGGCCUUACUUUUCUGAAGCAUUUUGAUUUGUCUUGCCUGGGACAACUAGCAGAACAGUCCAGAAUGCAUUGCAUACUUUCUAAUUACCUCAUGUUCUCUUAUUAAAGGGAACAGAUAGAAAUAAAACAUGCACUCCCCACCUUUAGAUUACCUGCACUUGGUUCGUCGGAGGACUUCUAGGAUCCCAUUUUCCUGUAAAUUAAUUUAGGUAACUAAAUAGUGUAUUCUACCUUUUCUUUCCAAUGCAAUAUAACUAUGCUAACUCUGUUUCACAUUUUUUGGCCUUCUAUUGUUAUAUCAUUUCACGUGUUUUAUAACUAUUUGAAACGUGGACAUGCCUUGCUAUUCAGUGACUGCAUCACUACUUAUUUUUUUAUGUCUUUUAGACUUGGAUAUUUAGAAUUAUGAAUAUAAAAUAUACUGUAGAUCUCAAUUCCUUAAAAAAAUCCUUUUAUUUAAUUGAACUUUAAAAUGCUUGAUCUAGGGAAAGUCCUCCAAUGGAAAAGUUUCUACUAAAGCUUGAUUUGGGGAAAAUGUGUUUACUUGGCAGCUCUUUCACUGUGCAGUUGGUUCCUGCUUCUUCUCUACCCCACCACUGGGCCAAAUGUAUAACUAUUAAGAUUAACAUUAAAAGAGCUUUGGGUUUGUCUCUCCGUAGGUAGCAGUAAUAAGGGUAGGGAUGUUCCUUUCAAAUGAUUAGUCCUUUGGGUUGAUCAGAUGAGGGUUUGGCUCAAAUCUCAACAGUGUAUCCUGUGUUAUCUGCAAAGUUACAGUUUUUAGUGCUUAAUCUCCGAUUUUUUUUCACCUACUAAUACAAUCUAAAGAGCGGAGGCCCAAAGAGAAAAUGUCAAGAGGCUAUUGUUCCUUCAUUCAAGCACAUGAAAGAAUCAUGUGUGCUUUAUUUGCUGGGCCGUGUCAAGCUCUUGAAGGAUCCAUGUGUGACGCUCUCUGAGGUUAUUCUUGGAACAUAGAGAGUGGGAGAGUGAGGAAGAGCUGACUCUGGCUAGAGCAGAACUGAAGGGUAGAAUGACAGUCCAGUUUCUGAAAAGACAGAUAUUUUAAUUUUCGUUCAGCUUUAUUUUCACAAGAAGGUCUGAAGCCUACUUUUUAAUGUUCGGCUGGGUCUUUGUUUUGUACCUUUGUUUCCAAAGGAAUGCUUUAAAAAACAGAGCUUUUUUCCCUAUCUGCCCAAUUGGGUAGGAAGUCGCUGCCCUCCUAAGAAGAAUUAACCCUCCAACAAUGACAGCUUCUAUUCCAAAUUUUCAUAUACCUAACUAACCCCAAAACAUCUCCCACAAACAUCUUCCACACAGGCUACCUAUCAAAACACUCCCAUAUACCUAACACACACAUACACACACUACAUGCACACCACACACUAGAGAAUAACAGAUUUUAGGCAAUGGCCAGUAAUGAGUACUGAGUUUUUCCCACCCCAUAAUCUUACUGCAUUUUAUGAUCUAAAAAUGUUGUCUAAAGUAGAGAAUAAUCUGUAAAGGUAUAGUUUGAAAAUAUUAGAUCAAAGUUGCAAGUAAUACUAAUGAUGAAAUCAUUUCACUGUUACUUCCUUUCCCAGAAAAGCUGAGAGGGCAUAGUGUUCCAUUUGACUUUUUUCCCCCAGUUAAUAGCCCUUCUAUUCAACAAAAACGGCCCACAUGCCAGGAAAGUGCUACAGUCAUUCUGAGCUUUUAAAAAUGGGGAUCAAGCUAGAUGCAGCCAGUUGGGAUACUUAAGAUCUUUAUACCAAGACACAAUAACCUGUCUUGCAGCUGUUGUAUUGGCCCUCUAACCAAAUUGUCAUCUAUUUUGACACACAGCUUUUUAGUCAUUCACUGUCAAUUACAAAGCUUCAUGCUCCAGUCCCUGUUGUUUUAGUACCAGACCUAUACCUUUAAAUGGGGCUUAAUUUCCAGUUAUAAUCCUGGCCAAAUUGAUUUGCAAGUCAAGUGGCUAGGGCAGCUUUCAUCUCCUUUGUCAUUCUAGAUUUCCUUGGGAGAAAGAAGUCAAUAAAAAAGAUUUAUGUUAAGUUUUUCUGCCCAUCUCUUGAUCAUCAAUUAUUAAGACAUAGGUAAAAUCCAUUUGUCUCAUAUCUUUUGGUAGGUUGAAUAAUAUAGUUACUUUUUGAAGGCCAGUCUUUUCCUUUGUGAUAAAACUAUAUUUUUCCCCAUGUAUUGGCCACAUAUACAAUGUGAAACUGAUGUUUCUUAGCGUGAUAAAAUCUUCAUAAUUAUAUAUGCCUCCAGUAAUACUCACCCACCCAGCAACCCCAGAGCCCCUAAAAAGAACUAUGAGUUGCAGAAACACUGGUUACAAAUUAACCAGUGUUAAUGAAAAAGCAAAGAGAUUAUGUUAGGUGAUGAUGUUCUUUAAAUUUUUAUACUCUUAACAGAAAAAUUCUUGGCAAAAUUCUGAUUUUGUUGCCAUUAUUAUAAUUGAUUUCCUAUAAAUUAAUAUAUCACUGGUUCUUUUAUUUAAAUUUUUUACAUUGUUGUAUAAGUUUACAAACCUUUGGUCUUGAUAUUACAAAUUUAGUAAGUAUCAAUUCUUUCUUUCAACAAAUAUGUACUGAACACUUGCUAUGUUAGAAAAACUGUCAUGGGUAGUAAAAAGAGAGGAAACACUACAAAUUCUAAAGGAUGUUAAUGAAGUAUGACAUAAAAUAAUCAAGCCUAUUCAGACUCUUUUAAUAUGUGGUUUUGUAAAGUGAUAUUAGAAAAACUGACAUCAAUUCUUGUCUAAUUAUAUGUAAGCUGCAACUAGAAAGAUACUUCUUUUUCUUAAAUUAGUAGAACUCACUAGAUCCUCCUUCAUUUGUCUCUCCUCAUCUGAAAUUUAUGAAUUAAAUUUGGACUCAGACAGGACAGAAUCAAAUGAAAAAGAAAUUGUCAACUAAUUGCUUCUUCAGUGUUAGUUAGCCCUGCGUAAGUGAUGCUAAAUUUAUACCAGCAAACUCCUACCUGACACUUUCAAAGUGGGUUUGACUCAUGCAUAACCCAGGAAAUAUUUCAGGAAACUUUUAAAACAACAAUGUGGAACACAAUCACUCUUCUAUUUAUGAAUAGCCUAUCAAAAUAGCAAACUCCUGUCCCAAGUUCCAAAGACAUCACCUUGUAGCAGGUGGAAAACAGAGAGGUCACUAGAUACCUCUCAUUAGCUGCAGUUACAAACCGUCGAAUUAGUAGGUGGAAAAUUGACACCCUCAGAAGCCAACAAGAGACUGCCUUUUUAAAAGGUGCCACGAUGCCGUCUGUUUCUCCAAAUAUAACCUUAAUGUCUCUCUUUCAAAUGGUAUCUGCUCCUUAUUCUCUUGAAGACAGAUUACAGUAUUAUUAUAGCCAGUGUAUUAAAUACCAACCUUACAUAGGAUGCACCUUGGUGCUUUGAAAGCAAGACUUGACUGUAAUUUGAAAUUGGAAUUAUUUGUUGUACCCUUACCAUGACCAACACCAAUAGCUUGAAGCCUUGAUAUCCCUCUUAGUUCCAAUACAAAUUUGCAACUUCUCAUCGCAUUACUUUUUCUGAGAUCUGCUAACUUGUGCCAGAAUAACAUAAAUACCUAAGCCACGAUGGCACAGCUUUGUGCAAAUAGCACAGUUUUUCAGAUGUUUUCUGCAGCAUUAAGGAAUUUAAGUGACUUAAUCGACUGAAUAUCAGCAGUUUGAAAAUUCACUAGAAUUAUGAAAGUAUCAGGGUGGGGGUGAGGAUGGAGUAUAAGCUUAAUAAGUGGUGGCGUCUUCUAGGAACUAUAAAAAAAAGUUUCAGCAGAGAUGGGCUAGGUCUUAUUACACUAGAAAGGCUAUAAUCACAAACAGCAGCCCCAGACCUAGAACAAAUGGUUACAAUGUGGACACCCUCACUGCCCAGUUGCUGCUCACAUUUGCUGACCAACAACCACAUCAAUUACAUUUUUGCUGUCUAUAAGUCAUUGGAUGCUUUAGAAAAUAUAAACACAGACUUACAGCAAAGAAACUAUUUUUUAGGAAAUUUAAAUUCAUUUUAUAUUAAAAUACUUGAUAAAUCACUUGCAUUAUUGUUGAAAGUAAGGAAUGUGGAAAUAAAAGAGCUCUUCUUUAAUAUUAUACUUGCCAAAUCUGUAUAUUCAAUGUGACUCUUUAAAACAGUCACUUCUAUGCUUUACUUUGGCUCCUCGUGGCUUUUCAAGCUAGACCGUGAGACCCUUUUUCCAAACAACGCAGGUGCUUUGUUUUACCUUUUCUCUCUUAACAGAAAUUCGAACUGGAAAGCUUGACAUGACCUGAGUUUUACCUGGUGAUCGGUCCCGGGGCUAGUCUAACCAUGUGCUGUCAGGCAUGCCUUGGGUUUCCUUAGUGAUUCAGAUAGAAUGAUGAGAAGCAGGAGAGUGCAUGCAAGCAGAUUCAAAGCCCAAACCAGUAUGUCUUUUCAGUUCAUUUUUAUAUGUAAAUUUUCAAAAAUCAUAUUAAUAUCUAGCCUGGAAUUUUAGUAAAUAUAGAUACCUACUUGUUGCAUCCAUGAAAAAUGAAGUAAUUUCAAAGAUUUAAGUCACAGCGAUUACUUUCUUUCACUUGUAAUAAAUAUAUCACUAUACAGAGUGAUUGCUUUUUUAUUUGAUCCUUUACACUUGCUUAUAAUUGAAGAAAAGUCGAUUCCACUGUGUCAUCUUAUUUCAUCUCUCACAAAAGUUCUGGCAGGACUAAAGUUUCAAAGGAAUAUGAUAGAAUUUAUUUUGGACAAUAUUUGUAUUCAACAUGCUAAUAAUGCAGUUCCUCUCUUUGCAUUACUCACUGCCAUGGUGAUAGUCAAGUGAGUUCAAUAACUCAUUUUAGUGACAUGCGUGAGGCCAUUUAAAUAUUUUUAAGAUAAUGUAUAUUGAUUAGAAAGAGUUAGGAAAAGACAUAUUUAUGGUAGAAAUUAGCCUUGCCUUUGUCUAAAGUAAUUAAUGUGGCCUGAUUGAAUGGUUUUAGUUGUAAUUUUGGAAUAGCUUCUUUGUUAGGUAUUUCUUUCUUUUCUCUUUUGGCUUUCUCCCAAUAUUCCUGUCUGUCUUGGCGUUAUCUUAAAAGUUAUUUGUUAAUGAGUAUUUGGAAGAAAAUGGACCUAGAAAAUGUCUCUUUAAAGAUUAUGUAGGUGCUUCUAUCACCAUAGAUCUUUGCCAAGUCCUAUUCCCACACUAUAAGACCACCCACACCCUUUUCAGGGGCAUGGUUUCUGAGUAGUGAUUUUGCUGUUGUCUCUACAUAAGGGACCUAUGAAAACAGCUUUCAAAAUUUCUAACUUUGUAGCACAUCUUAUCCAAUUUUGUUUUGUUCCUCCUUUCCAUGCCGGCCACCAAGCUUUUUUCCUUAGCCAUUAAAAAAGCCACUCACCUUUAAAGCAAAUCUAAAGCUUUAUAUACAUUUUGCAGCUUUAUUUAAAUAUAAAAGAGAAGGAAAGAAUACAAUGCAAAUCCAAAUUCUCCCAAAAAGUGAAAACCUAAAUAUCUGAAGUUAGGAAAUACAUUGUUGCCUGAAUUUUGUUUUGUUUUGUUUUUGUAUUGUUUUGUUUUGUUUUAAUGUUGAUCCUUGAGUGAUGUAAUGGUACCCAAGUGAUAUCUGAACAUGAGAAAUUUUUUAAUUUAAUAGUUGGCAAAGUUAAUUCAUUUGUACCACAAUCAAAUAGAGUCCACUGCCAAAGGUUACCGUUUGAACUCUGAUUUCAUUAGGCACUAGUCAUGCCAAACGGGUAUCUCAGAAUAGUUUAAUCUUUUCACAGAUACUCACAAUGGCCAACUGUGUGUGAAUAAUGGAAAGUUUGAGAUUCUUCUGUAUUCUUCAGGUUUUAUAGUCCUGAGAGUAGGAGAGAUCUCCAGAGGUCAUGUGGCUCAUCCAUCUACCUCCAGGGAGGACUGUCACUCAGGCAUGCCCACCAGGAUAGAUAGCCAUCUAUUCUUAACAUCUCUAGGGAAGGUGGUUUCCUUGGCAACACAAUUCAGCUUUCUUAGGUUUUCUCACAAUAAGAAAAUAUCUUGGCCCGCUUUUUGUGAUUCAGGCACCUGGCAACAGUUGUGGUGAUUUAGGCCAUUGUACUAGGGGAUUCAAGGGAAGUUGGGUUGCCCCCUACAUUUGAUGAUGAUCACAUUUGAUGAUAAUCUCUAAGUCUCCUAAGAAGUCAGAUUUUUAAAGAAAGAUCUGGAUACAGAGACAAUGCUCAGUAACAUGACCUGCUUUUGACAGACGUGGCUGUAGUUGGUUUUAUUUAUUUAUUUAUUUUUUUGUCGUUUGUCAUUUUUAUGUCAGAAAGUAACGUCAGGAAAAGUGACCGUUUCAGAUCCCCGGUGACAAACAUCAGAACUAGGAUGAAGUGACUUGACUUUUAAACUGUUCAGUGUUCUGAGAAGUUAUAAUUGCAAAAGUAAGCAUCUUCUCCAUUGUUGCUUUUAAACAAGUACCUUCUCAUUGAUCUUUCUUUACCCUAAAAUGACAAAUAAGAAUCCAAAUUUUUCCAUUCCUUUUGGCGAAAGACAUGACUAUCUGUGAAGUGACUCCAGAGGAGUUACUCAGCCACCAUUUGAUCCCAGCCUUUGUGCUUGUGUUAUCUAAACAAUGGCUGCUUGCUUUCUCAGGGAUCAGGAAAAUGAUUUAAAAAUUUGUCAUCUUGACAAGGCCCGAAAACAAAGGGAGGAGUCCGGGAAAAUGGUGAUUUUUUUUUCUUCUUCUGAUUACAUCAUCUGACUCCAGGACCCUGCCGCUUUUAGAGCUUUUUCUGUUUGCUCACAGUUGACUUUAACUCAGAGUCAGAACUUACCGGAAGAUGAGGAGCACCCUCAAAAUCAAUGCUUCCUUUCUCCAUGGGAUUUUUUUAGAAUCUAGGUACAGAUUAUGCUUAUGUCCCCAACUCAGAUGCUCUUGUGAAAUGACAGCCACAUCAGAGUGGUUGCUCCCCACAAAUAACACUAGGGGAAGAUGACCCUUUUUGUUAGAAAACAAAUGCUAUAGAAUGCUCAUGUAAAGAAUGUUGAAUAAAAUUUGGCCCAUGUUUUGACUGACGUUAGGCACCUCUAUGGAAAUGAGUCUGAGGCGUAGUUUGUGAAACAUGUUUCAAAAGUGUUUGAUGUAUAAUAAAUGCUAGACAUUUACAGUACAGAAAUAGUUAAAAAAAAAAAACAAAAAAUUUUAAACCUGUAGAUUACAACUCUGUUCCUAAGAACCUCAGCCUUUAUUGUGUCUUAGUAAAGUUGAUCUGCUUUUAUUUUUAGUUUAUUGCAUUUCUGGUGUAAUAGCCUCUUAAGAUAGAACUAUUAAUACAUAUGUACUGGUUAAUGCCUGUUAAUGCAGAAAAUGGCACUUUGUUAUUUCAAUGUGUUUCCCUCAGUGUCACAGGGUAUAUCGAUUUGAUAAAAAGAUCACUUGACAUUGGUCAAAAAUACAUUUUCCCCAUUAAAAAAUAUAUAUAUGUAUAAUUGGUUGCAUAGACAAAUAUCACUUUUUGCAGUGUCUUUAUCUUGCUCAUAGUUUUAGACAUCAACUAAGUCUCCACUUUCCAGCUGCCAUAGAAAUUUGGUACAUUUGCAAUUUCUGGUAUAAUCUAGUGAGCUGAAUGUAUUGAUAGAUCAAAUGAUCCAAAGCACUUGGGUGUUAUCCUUCAGUCUUUGUUGAACCAUUCAGACAUUGGGAAUGGUCCUUACACAAGGGAAGUCUUUUGAGAAUAUUCGUUUCCUCUUUUGUUUUUUGUUGGUUUGUUUGUUGCUGACAAACAAAAAAUGGUAACUUUUAAAACUCAGAAAAGCCACUGCACUGUAAAGUAUUUUUUGACAUUAUGAUUGGUUUUAUCUUUUGACUGAUUUUUAUUACUUUUACUCAAUAUCAACAGUACUGCAAUAGAUAUUUAUUACUGUUAUUUUCAAUCUAGUGACUUAAAAAGGUGGAAAGGGAUGAAAAUCAAACUACAAUCUAUACAUACAGUCAUAUUACACUAAGAUGCCAUGUUGUAUGUCGCCCAGUUUCUAGAUUGAUUUCUCUUGUGUGUAAGUUAUAACAUCAAAGAUGCCAAAGGGUAUAUAAAAUAAGCUACAAUAAUAUUCAACAGAACUUAACCUGGACCUUAUGUUGUAAUAAUUUAUUCAUAUUAGCUGUAGUCUUCUGUAUUUAUAUUUUCAGUAUUUAUUAUGAAUGACAUGGAAAUUCGUGUAUUUAUUGUGGCUUUUUAUUGCAGUGUGUAUAUAUAUAUAUUACAAAUAAGCAUUUUUAAUUCUUAUCCUUAAGUUUCUUUUAUUAGUGGCACUUGUAUUAUGCUGUACUUUUUAUUAUAUAUUGUACAAUAUCUUGUCCAUUUGUUUGCAGCAGAGUAAAACCGGUUUCUAAGUUGUA